CGGUUUGAAAAAUCAAGAAAAUUCCACCUCAACAAAACGGCUUUAAAAAGCCUCUCAUAUCAAUUUCUCUCAUCGCACUACUCCGAAUAAACAACCCCCCACGUCUUCGUUCUCUCUGAACCGCGCGGUCGUGAAUCGAGAGCUCCUCCAACAUGGAGAGCUUUGACAACAUCUACCUAGACCUCUCAAAUCAGCCUGGCAAGUGCAAACUUGCUGAAACUGGGCUAGGUUGGCGACCUUCUGGCGGCGGCGAUACUUUCACACUCGAUAGCAGCAACAUUGGCGCGGCACAAUGGAGCAGAGCAGCGAAAGGAUAUGAGCUAAAGAUCUUAUCGCGUUCAUCGGGUGUUAUUCAACUCGACGGCUUUGACCAAGAGGACUUCGAGCGAUUGAGCAAAGCAUUCAAAAUCUGGUACGGAAUAAACGUGGAAAGCAGAGAACAUGCUCUCCGAGGAUGGAACUGGGGCAAAGCAGAAUUCACCAAGGCAGAACUGGCCUUUAAUGUCCAGAACCGACCCGCGUUUGAAGUGCCCUACUCCGAAAUUUCCAACACAAACCUCGCCGGGAAAAACGAGGUUGCUGUCGAACUCUCCCUUUCCGUUGACCCCAAUGGUUCCAAACCGGCCGGGAGCACAAAGAACCGCGGUCGGAAAGCGGCCGCUGGGCCCGAUGAACUAGUCGAGAUGCGUUUCUACAUUCCCGGAACUGCGGUCAAGACGGAGAAUGGUAUUAAAGGGGAGAACGCGGACGAGAAGAACGGAGGAGAAGGCGAGGAGAACGGCGAGGAGCAGAAUGCUGCCAAUCUGUUCUACGAGUUGCUCAUGGAAAAGGCAGAGAUUGGAGAUGUGGCUGGAGACACAUUUGCUACUUUCCUGGAUGUUCUCCACCUUACACCCAGAGGUCGGUUCGACAUCGAUAUGUACGAAUCUUCCUUCCGAUUGCGCGGAAAGACAUACGACUACAAGAUUCAAUAUUCCUCCAUUAAGAAAUUCUUUCUACUCCCCAAAAAUGACGAUACACACACUCUCAUUGUCCUUGGUCUUGAGCCUCCCCUCCGUCAAGGGCAGACCCGCUACCCUUUCCUGGUAAUGCAACUGAAAUUAGAUGAAGAGAUCAGCCUCGAGCUUAACAUGACAGAGGAACUUCUCGAAACUCGCUACAAAGACAAACUGGAGCCACGCUACGAAGAGCCCAUCCACCAAGUCAUUACGAAAAUAUUCCGUGGGUUAUCAGGGAAGAAGGUCAUCAUGCCAUCGAAAGACUUCGUCAGCCACCACGGACACAGCGGUGUCAAAUGUUCAAUCAAGGCCAACGAAGGUCUCUUGUACUUCUUAGAUAAGAGCCUGAUUUUUGUCCCUAAGCCCGCCACCUAUAUUCAGAUGGAGAAUGUCGCUGUUGUCACCAUGUCUCGUGUUGGCGGUGCCAUCUCAGCUAGCAGGACGUUUGAUAUUACUGUCAGCCUGAAAGCCGGCAUGGGAGAGCACCAGUUCAGCAACAUCAAUCGCGAGGAACAACAACCCCUCGAAGAGUUCUUCAAGGCCAAGAAUAUUCGCAUCAAGAACGAGAUGUCAGACGACACAAACGCUCUGAUCGCCGCAGCCCUAGACAACGACGACAUGAUGUCCUCCGACGAGGACGGCGGCGGCCGCCCCGACCGCGGCUCUGCAGACGAAGACGAAGAGUCUGUUGACGAGGACUUUCAAGCUGACUCGGACUCAGAUGUUGCAGAGGAGUACGACUCCGCGCAUGAAAGUAGCGGGAGCGGAAGCGAUGCUGAGAUGGAUGAUGCUUCCGAUGCUGGUGUUGAUGAGGACGAGGAUGCCGACGCCGAUAUGUCUGAGGAGGAGCGGCCGAAGAAGAAGUCGAAGACUGGGAAGUAAGAGACUGGACUGGGUGUAUUUUACCUUGAUAUAUGCACUACAUAGGUAUUUGUUUUGGGUGGGAGUUCCUAGUGCGCUUUCGUUAUAUUCGAUACGUAGAAGGCACGGCCCGUUUUGUCAUUCG